UCUAUUCUUUCGUGAUCCACUUUUGAUUACAUUUGACUAUCAAACGAUUGAUGAUUAUUUUAUAUUGCUGUUACUGCAUUUUUCAAUAAAUUUUCCGCCACUUUCUAAAUCUUCAAUGAACAUAUUUCGUUUCAAAUGUACAAGUCAAAUCAACAGACAAAACUCUGAACUUUUUUAUUGCGGUUCAACUAAAAUGCAGUUGCAAACUCUAUUCACACCCUUGUUAAUCAUCUACUAAAUCACAAUCACCAACCACAGUACCUACAAGUGUCUAGUUCAUUCAUGAAUUCACAUGUGAAUUUUCAUUGUUAUCUGUUGAAAGUGCCAAGAAAAAGUGAAAAUGAAGUUAUUCGAAUUCAUAAAAGUCCAUAAAUACAAAAUAUUCAAAUCAAUGUUAACGUACAUAACCUUUGCUGGUUUGGGUGGAACCAAUACUUUAGUUGGAAGCUCAUUACUCGACCUUCAAAUUCGUGUUCAACGAUCUUUUGAUGCUACUUCAAAGCUUGUUCAGGCCCGUUCCGUUGGAUAUAUCAUUGGAGCUUCUGCGUGUGGCCUUCUCGGUGAACGUAUCAAUGACUACUUGGCUCUUUCAGUGGCUGAUUUGGUUGCUGGCCUUUUCCUCAUCAUUGCACCUUGGUUUGCCAUACUUGAAGUCAUCAUUUUUUGUAUCGUAGUCUCUGGUUUUGCUCAAGGAAUUUUGGACAUUUAUUGUAAUGUGAUAAUAUUGAGGAUUUGGGGUGCAAAAGGAAUCAAUUGGCUUCAAGUUUUACACAUGUGUUAUGGUGUUGGGGCUUUAAUUACACCGAUUUUCACCAGACCCUUUCUCCUUCCGAAUACCGGACAGUUGAGGGAUUUAGAGUCAACAAACGCAACUUUCAUUGGCAAUGAUACCGUUUCAGAUGACAACAAAUACAUUGGUGGCUACCCACCAGAUCAGGUUAAAGUUCAAUAUUCAUUUCUAAUUUUAGGCGGUAUAUUGGUCCUCGUUUCAGUUCCAGUCUUUUUCUGUUAUCUCUAUGAAAGAAAUCUGAAAGCUGGAAAAGAUGAAGAUGAAGACAAAGAAGUUGAUGGAAAUGCCGUUAAAACAAGCAAAAUUAAAAAGGUUAUUGCUAUCGUUAUGGUUGCAAUCCUGGCAAACUUAACUUUUGGUUCAGAAGCAGCAAUCGGCAACUUAUGUACUGCAUUUGCUGUCAAGGCUGAUCUUAAAAUGGAAAAGCAAAUUGCAGUUCUUUUGGCUACAGUCUAUUGGUCCACCUUUUCAUUUUACCGUCUAAUUUUCAUUCCACUUACCUUGUUAAUUAAAGAGAGUCGACUUUUUCAUUUCAAUUUACUUAUAAUACUUGGAGGUGUUGUCGCUCUGGUACCGAAUGCUGCCUCCAAAGCCAUUUAUGCAUGGAUUGCCUUUGUUAUGCUUGGAAUUGGUUAUUCACCCGUUUUUUCAAUAUCUUUUGCUUCAUUGGAAAAAUAUUUUCACAUGUCAAACUCAAUUACAUCUUUUAUUCUGGUUUGUGGUACUUUAGGUGAAACGAUUCACACUGCCAUUUUAUCUGUCUACAUUGACAGACAUCCUAUCAUUUUUGUCUACUACAUAGGUUCCAUGUCGUUGGUUUAUGUAGCAAUUAGUGCCAUAUUACCUUACUAUUUGCGGAAAAUUGCUACAAAACGAGUUGAAAAUUCAAUCAGAAAAAAAGAAGAUGUAGAAAUGGAAAAAUAUUGAUUGUGAAAAAGAAACUGAGUUUAUUUGAUUGAUUUGAGCUUAAAUCAAGCAAUAUAAUUAUCAACAAACUUGACUUAAGUCCAUAAGUCAAUCAUUUCUUUAAAUUGAUUGCCUUUUCUAGCCACUUUUUGUAAAUGUACUUAUAAAAGAUCCCAAUCGAUGACAAAUGGUUCUCCGUCCAGAUUAAAUAGGUUUAUUUUGUAGCGACCUUCCAUGUCCCUGUUUAAAAAUAAAACAUUAGAUUUGUAAUCUUGA